AUGUCAACGAGCAGCGACGACCAUUCCGACAAAGAGUGUCCAUUGUGCAUGGAAGUACUUGAGUUGGAUGACAUCGACUUCUACCCCUGCAAGUGCGAGUACCAAAUCUGCCGGUUCUGCUGGCAUCGGAUACGAACUGACGAGAAUGGCUUGUGCCCCGCUUGUCGUCAACCGUAUCCCGAAGAUCCCGUCAACUUCAAGCCUCUCUCGAGCAGCGAUGUUCAACGGCAUAAGAACGAGAAGCGCAUGAAGAAGCAGGCGGAGAAGAUGCGAAUCUCGGAAACGAGGCAACACCUCGCGAAUUAUCGAGUUCUGCAAAAGAAUCUCGUCUACGUUGUGGGGCUCUCUACGCGUGUUGCCGAUCCGGAGACAUUGAAAAAACCUGAAUAUUUUGGGCGUUUCGGAAAAAUUCUCAAGGUGGUGACUAGCAUUGCGCCAAGUGUUUAUCCCCAUCAACAUCUCCCUCCUAGUCAUACGGCCUAUGUAACCUACAAGAAGGUCGAAGAAGCUCUUCGAGCUAUACAAGGAGUGAACAACUCAUAUCUAGACGGUCGACUAGUCAAAGCGUCAUUAGGAACGACGAAGUAUUGCUCGUCAUUUUUACAGAGCCGGAAAUGUUUCAAACCCGAAUGUAUGUACUUGCAUGAAAAUGCGGACCCUGAAAUAAGCUUUACAAAGGACGACAUGCACGCUGGAAAACAUACGGAAUAUGAGAAGAAGUUGAUAGAGACUGUGCUGAACCGUCCACCACCGCCGACUCCGACGGUCGCCAAUAUUAUAGAGAAGAGUAUUACUUUGUCAAAGCCGGCACCGAAACCAGCCCAACCAAAGACGAUAUCGCAAUGGGAGGCAGCGAACGACGGCGGUGAUGAGAUGGACGACGCAGCAGAGAGCAACGAGGACGCCGGCGAGAGGUUAGACGAUGUUCGAGCAGGUUCAUCGCCUCAAAAUAACUCGCCGAGCAAGUCGCCUAGAGACGCACCGGACAACACAUCAUGUAAAUCAAACGAUUCGGCUUCUGUGGAAGACCCAGCACCUUCAAAUGUCUCCACACCUGCAGUUAAAGGACGUCGCAGUAAUGCAUCAGCCAGAGAUCGACAAUGGUCAGAAAGGGACGAAUUUUCAGUGGCACAAAGUCACUCACCACCAACAGAUCCAGAAGCAAACGACGCAGAUGAUAAUAACAUUAAUAGGCUAGACGAAAUGAUGUCGAAAUUGUCGCACAAUGACAACGACGACUUUAACAGCUUCUUCGGUGUUCCAGCACCAGCCGAGCACAAUGAGGCUCCAGCUCCUCUUGUUAACUGGCAGACACUUCUUGGUCUGGCGCCAGCAGCGCCAUUCCCUGCCCCAGAGCCUGAAAACCUGUUCUCAUCGUUGGCUUGGCCACCGAGCACAGCUACACAGUCAUCGCUGUCAACAACGACAAAGCGCUUGGCACCAAGUCCACCGCCAGGGCUCGCGAGAUUCGCGUCAGAAGACGACUUGGGCUUCGAUCCGUUCGCGGAAUCCUCCAAGGGAUUGUCUGCAUUGCUGCAAGAAGAACAAGAGCAACCACGACACAAUCAUAUGCCUGUAUUCCAGCCGACAUCUCUGACACAAUUUUUGAUGCAAAAUCACGUGCCGCACCAACAACAACAGCAGCAAGAACAGGGAAAAUCGUCGCUGAUGCACGCACUCCACCAACAGCAACAGCAGCAACAACAGGCUGCAUUGUUACAGCAACAGCAGCAACAAUCACAAGUGCCGUUUGGUCAGCCGCCAUCAUCCAUGGCUUCUUUAUGGCAAUCGUCAGUACAAUCGAUGUUCUCGAACAACUAUUCUGCACAAUCGCAACUGGCAUCGAGAAUGCAGCAACAACAGCAGUCGAACUUCGAUCCGUUCUCCUCAUCGCUAUCGCUUCAGUUUUUGCAGCAGCAACAGCAACAGCUCGCGCAGCAACAACAACAACAGCAGAAUCCGCAGCCGAACUCGUUCUUCCAGGAAAUGGUGGCAGCUCGCAAUGCAGCAGCCAACACAUCGAUGUUUUCGCACUUCCAACAGCCACAUCAAUCACAACAACAACAACAGCAACAUCAUCAUCAUGAUAUGUUUGGAAUUGCUCCACCACCAGGUCUGCCAGCGCGACCAUCUGCCUCAGCGACACAGCAAAUGCACCAUCAGUUCUUGUUCGGAGCUGGAAGUACACAACAACAACAACAACAGCAGCAGCAGCAGUCACAGCAGCAGUCAAAUCAGAGCUCGUCGCAGAGUAUGCAGGAGAUGUUCAAGGCGCUGUUACCGAACGUCAACGUGCGGUUCAUGGACGAUUCGACAAUGUCUCGUUUGUCGCAUGAGAACAGUCUGCGAUCGAACGGACAGAAUCACAAUAACGUCCUACCGCCACCGGGAUUCUCGUCUGUGCUAAAUCCCUGA